AUGAACAACUCAAGUACCAUCAAUUCACAGUUCCAUUGUAGUUUGUUCAAUGAUAUUCCAUAUUUUUCAUGUGAUGGAGAGAUGAUAUAUAAUAUUUUCUGGCGACAAUGGUCAGAUUUGAUUGAAGAUAUCUGUUCGAAAGAAGUAUCCGAUGCCAUGGAGAAACAGAACUAUUCAAGCAUCUUUUCACACUUGAUCAAAACAGAUAUUCCCACAAUAAUUUUAACUAAUUACAUCAAUUAUCCACCGAGAUAUUUGAUAUAUACAAUUGUUGCACGAAUUAUCAGUUCAACACCUGCAUUACGUAAUGAGUUUUGUGAUUCAUUAGUUGAUAAUUUUCGAGAUAUUGUUGAUCACUCGAAAUCGAAGCGAUUAUUUAAGAUUUUGUUUUGUUUGUUCUCAGUUCCUCUUGAGAAAGAAGACUGGGGUAAUUUGUUUGUGUUUUUUUACAACAAUUUCUCAAUUUUGGCUCUUGAAAGUGCUAAAGGACCAUCUGUUAAAACAGUCUUUAAGUUUGUCUCUAAGAUUGUUUCUAAAUGUCCACAAGCACUUCCUUAUUCGAAACGGAAUCCGAUGUCAUUCCGUUUCUACAAAUUCAUAACAAACAUUUUGUAUCUCAUUGGAGAAAAUCUUUUGAAAGAUCUUCCAAGUCUUUCUGAUGUUCCGAAUUUCAACAACAAUCAACAAAGCAACUUAAACCUUAGUGACGCAAUUUCUCUUGUUGAAGCACACGACAUGAAACGUCGUCACACAGAUAAUGUCACAGUUUCUUUCGCUAGUAUUGGCGGAAACUGGCAUUUUGCAAGAAAAAUAUUGACUACUUUGAAUGCACUUUUCUUUAGUCCAUUUACUAAUUUCGGUAUCAUCAAUUUUUAUAAUGACAAAUCACAUGUUGAAGUAUUUAACAUGAUCAUGAACAGCAUGAAAUUACAAGAUGGAUCACCAUUGACACCAUUGUUAACUAUUCCUAAACUUGUUGAAGAAAUAUUGACAUUCUUCCGUGCUAAUUUUGGUGAUUGUCCAGAGAUUGUUUUGGAAGAACCUUUCCUUACUCUCGCAUUCCAUUUCACACAGUUAGGAUUGAUAUCUAAUAACAUAGAAUCAAUAGGUCAAUCAUUCAAUGUUUUGAUUGAAAUGCUUAACCACAUUCCUAAUGUUAUUUCAUUACAAAAACAUGUCAUCUUGUCAUUUGGCGUUCUUUUGAACAUUUCUAACAGUUUGGGAUGUGAUUUCCUUGCAAGAUACAACGAGAAAGAUCCAGAAUUCAUUCCGAAUUUGAUUGAAUCUAUUUCAAGUAACAUCCCAGAUCACUUGAAUGAGCCUUUCAAACAGACAUACUACAAGUACAUGAAUGAGAGUGGUAGUGACAAAUUCAGUCUUAAUCUUAUGAACUUCUUUGAUGAUGUUAGCAACAUGAAGAUCCAACUUAGUACUAUUGAUGGAUUUUCAGAAUUCUUCCAAUAA